UUCCGCAUCCUGCUGAUGUUUUGUUGCUUAGGAUAUGAAUGGCUGAGUGGAGGCUGUAAAACCUGGCACCCUGCUUGGGUUAUCAAUACUCUGGCUGUCUAUCGUCAUCGUGAGACUGACUUUGGUGGAGGAGUUCGAGACCAGCCUGGCCAACAUGGCAAAACCCCAUCUCCACAAAAAUUGGAUAAUUUGAUAAUUAUCAUUAUUGGGUUUCUGAGACGUUACACAUUUGCCAUUCUCUUCUGCACAAGUUACCUUUGUGGGUCUUUCCUGAAGACUAUCUUCCGGUCUCGAAAUGGACAUGAUGGAUCCAUGGAUGUACAGCAGAGAGCCUGGAGGUCCAACCGCAGUAGACAGGAAGGAAUUAAAAUUGGCCUGGAAGACAUCUGUACUUUAUGGAAACAGGUGGAAACAAAAGUUCAAGCUAAAAUCCAUAAGAUGAAGGUCAUAAAGAAAGUCAACCAUCAUUACAAAUUCAAUGGAAAGAGGAAGACCGCCAAAAAACAGAAAAUGUUUCAACGUGCGCAAGAGUUGCGGCGGCGGGCAGAGGACUACCACAAACGCAAAAUCCCCCCUUCUGCAAGAAAGCCUCUUUGCAACUGGGUCAGAAUGGCGGCAGCGGAGCAUCGUCAUUCUUCAGGAUUGCCCCACUGGCCCUACCUCACAGCUGAAACUUUAAAAAACAGGAUGGGCCACCAGCCACCUCCUCCAACUCAACAACAUUCUAUAACUGAUAACUCCCUGAGCCUCAAGACACGUGCCGAGUGUCUGGUCUAUCCCCUUCCACCCUCAGCGGAUGAUAAUCUCGAAACGCCUCUCGAGUGUCUCCUCACUCCUCUUCCACCCUCACGUCCAUCCUCAGCUCCACCCUCAGCGGAUGAUGAGACACCUGCCGAGUUUGUGGUCUAUCCCCUUCCACCCUCAGCAGAUGAUAAUCUCGAAACGCCUCUCGAGUGUCUCCUCACUCCUCUUCCACCCUCACCUCCAUCCUCAGCUCCACCCUCAGCGGAUGAUGAGACACCUGCCGAGUUUGUGGUCUAUUUCCUUCCACACUCAGCGGAUGAUGAUCUCGAAACGCCUCUCGAGUGUCUCCUCACUCCUCUUCCACCCUCACGUCCAUCCUCAGCUCCACCCUCAGCGGAUGAUAAGACACCUGCUGAGUUUGUGGUCUAUCCCUUCCACCCUCAGCGGAUGAUAAUCUCGAAACGCCUCUCGAGUGUCUCCUCGCUCCUCUUCCACCCUCACGUCUAUCCCCAGCUCCACCCUCAGCGGAUGAUAAGACACCUGCCGAGUUUCUGGUCUAUCCCCUUCCACCCUCAGCGGAUGAUAAUCUCGAAACGCCUCUCGAGUGUCUCCUCGCUCCUCUUCCACCCUCACGUCUAUCCCCAGCUCCACCCUCAGCGGAUGAUAAGACACCUGCCGAGUUUGUGGUCUAUCCCCUUCCACCCUCAGCGGAUGAUAAUCUCGAAACGCCUCUCGAGUGUCUCCUCACUCCUCUUCCACCCUCACCUCCAUCCUCAGCUCCACCCUCAGCGGAUGAUGAGACACCUGCCGAGUUUGUGGUCUAUUUCCUUCCACACUCAGCGGAUGAUGAUCUCGAAACGCCUCUCGAGUGUCUCCUCACUCCUCUUCCACCCUCACGUCCAUCCUCAGCUCCACCCUCAGUGGAUGAUAAGACACCUGCUGAGUUUGUGGUCUAUCCCCUUCCACCCUCAGCGGAUGAUAAUCUCGAAACGCCUCUCGAGUGUCUCCUCGCUCCUCUUCCACCCUCACGUCUAUCCCCAGCUCCACCCUCAGCGGAUGAUAAGACACCUGCCGAGUUUCUGGUCUAUCCCCUUCCACCCUCAGCGGAUGAUAAUCUCGAAACGCCUCUCGAGUGUCUCCUCACUCCUCUUCCACCCUCACCUCCAUCCUCAGCUCCACCCUCAGCGGAUGAUAAGACACCUGCCGAUUCUGGUCUAUCCCCUUCCACCCUCAGCGGAUGAUAAUCUCGAAAUGCCUCUCGAGUGUCUCCUCACUCCUCUUCCACCCUCACCUCCACCCUCAGCUCCACACUCAGUGGAUGAUAAUCUCAAGACACCUCCCUUAGCUACUCAGGAGGCUGAGGCAGAAAAACCACCGAAACCCGAGAGGCGGAGCGCCAGUGAUGCGCAACCAUCACCGAAACCCGAGAGGCGGAGCGCCGCUGACGCGCAGCCAUCACCGAAACCCGAGAGGCGGAGCGCCGCUGACACGCAGCCAUCACCGAAACCCGAGAGGCGGAGGGCCGCUGACCUGGAAUCAUCACCGAAACCCGAGAGGUGGAGCGCCGGUGAUGUGCAACCAUCACCGAAACCCGAGAGGCGGAGGGCCGCUGACCUGGAAUCACCACCAAAACCCGAGAGGUGGAGCGCCGCUGAUGUGCAACCAUCACCGAAACCCGAGAGGUGGAGGGCUGCUGACCUGCAAUCACCACCGAAACCCGAGAGGCGGAGCGCUGCUGACGUGCAACCAUCACCGAAACCCGAGAGGUGGAGCACUGCUGACGUGCAACCAUCACCGAAACCCGAGAGGCGGAGGGCCGCUGACCUGGAAUCACCACCGAAACCCGAGAGGCGGAGCGCCACUGACGCACAACCGUCACCGAAACCCGAGAGGCGGAGCGCCGCUGACGCGCAACCAUCACUGAAACCCGAGAGGCGGAGGGCCGCUGACCUGGAAUCACCACCGAAACCCGAGAGGCGGAGGACCGCUGACCUGGAAUCACCACCGAAACCCGAGAGGUGGAGCGCCGCUGAUGUGCAACCAUCACCGAAACCCGAGAGGCGGAGGGCCGCUGACCUGGAAUCACCACCGAAACCCGAGAGGCGGAGCGCCGCUGACGCGCAACCAUCACCGAAACCCGAGAGGCGGAGCGCCGCUGACCUGGAAUCACCACCGAAACCCGAGAGGCGGAGGGCCGCUGACCUGGAAUCACCAACAAAACCCAAGAGGCGGAGGGCCGCGGACCUGGAAUCACCACCGAAACCCGAGAGGCGGAGCUCCACUGAUGCGCAACCAUCACCGACACCUGAGAGGCGGAGCGCCGCUGACGCACAGCCAUCACCGAAACCCGAGAGGCGGAGCGCCGCUGACGCGCAGCCAUCACCGAAACCCGAGAGGCAGAGCGCCGCUGACGCACAGCCAUCACCGAAACCCGAGAGGCGGAGCGCUCCUGACGCGCAACCAUCACCGAAACCCGAGAGGUGGAGGGCCGCUGACCUAGAAUCACCACCGAAACCCGAGAGGCGGAGCGCCGCUGAUGCGCAGCCGUCGCCAAAACCCGAGAGGCAGAGGGCCGCUGAGGCCCAGCCGUCGCCAAAACCCGAGAGGCAGAGUGCCACUGAGGCGCAGCCGUCGCCGAAACCCGAGAGGCGGAGGGCCGCUGACCUGGAAUCACCACUGAAACCUGAGAGGUGGAGCACCGCUGAUGUGCAACCAUCACUGAAACCCGAGAGGCGGAGGGCCGCCGACCUGGAAUCACCACCGAAACCCGAGAGGCGGAGCGCCGCUGACGCGCAACCAUCACCGAAACCCGAGAGGCGGAGCGCCACUGACGUGCAACCAUCACCGAAACCCGAGAGGCGGAGCGCCGCUGACGCGCAACCAUCACCGAAACCCGAGAGGCGGAGGGCCGCUGACCUGGAAUCACCACUGAAACCCGAGAGGUGGAGCGCCGCUGAUGUGCAACCAUCACCAAAACCCGAGAGGCGGAGGGCCGCUGACCUGGAAUCACCACCGAAACCCGAGAGGUGGAGCGCCGCUGAUGUGCAACCAUCACCGAAACCCGAGAGGCGGAGGGCUACUGACCUGGAAUCACCACUGAAACCCGAGAGGCGGAGCGCCGCUGACGUGCAACCAUCACCGAAACCCGAGAGGUGGAGCACCGCUGAUGUGCAACCAUCACCGAAACCCGAGAGGUGGAGGGCCGCUGACCUGGAAUCACCACCGAAACCCGAGAGGCGGAGCGCCGCUGACGUGCAACCAUCACCGAAACCCGAGAGGCGGAGCGCCGCUGACGCGCAACCAUCACCGAAACCCGAGAGGCGGAGGGCCGCUGACCUGGAAUCACCACCGAAACCCGAGAGGCGGAGUGCCGCUGACCUGGAAUCACCACCGAAACCCGAGAGGCGGAGGGCCGCUGACGCGCAACCAUCACCGAAACCCGAGAGGCGGAGCGCCGCUGACGUGCAACCAUCACCGAAACCCGAGAGGCGGAGCGCCGCUGACGCGCAACCAUCACCGAAACCCGAGAGGCGGAGCGCCGCUGACGCGCAACCAUCACCGAAACCCGAGAGGCGGAGUGCCGCUGACGCGCAACCAUCACCGAAACCCGAGAGGCGGAGGGCCGCUGACCUGGAAUCACCACUGAAACCCGAGAGGUGGAGCGCUGCUGAUGUGCAACCAUCACCGAAACCCGAGAGGCGGAGGGCCGCUGAGCUGGAAUCACCACCGAAACCCGAGAGGCGGAGCGCCGCUGACGCACAACCAUCACCGAAACCCGAGAGGCGGAGCGCCGCUUACGUGCAACCAUCACCGAAACCCGAGAGGUGGAGCGCCGCUGACGCGCAACCAUCACCGAAACCCGAGAGGCGGAGCGCCGCUGACGCGCAACCAUCACCGAAACCCGAGAGGUGGAGCGCCGCUGACGCGCAACCAUCACCGAAACCCGAGAGGCGGAGCGCCGCUGACGCGCAACCAUCACCGAAACCCGAGAGGCGGAGCGCCGCUGACCUGGAAUCACCACCAAAACCCGAGAGGCGGAGCACCGCUGACCUGGAAUCACCACCGAAACCCGAGAGGUGGAGCUCCGCUGACGUGCAACCAUCACCGAAACCUGACAGGCGGAGGGCCGCUGACCUGGAAUCACCACCGAAACCCGAGAGGCGGAGCGCCGCUGACGUGCAACCAUCACCGAAACCCGAGAGGCGGAGCGCCGCUGACGCGCAGCCAUCACCGAAACCCGAGAGGCGGAGGGCCGCUGACCUGGAAUCACCACUGAAACCCGAGAGGUGGAGCGCUGCUGAUGUGCAACCAUCACCGAAACCCGAGAGGCGGAGGGCCGCUGAGCUGGAAUCACCACCGAAACCCGAGAGGCGGAGCGCCGCUGACGCACAACCAUCACCGAAACCCGAGAGGCGGAGCGCCGCUUACGUGCAACCAUCACCGAAACCCGAGAGGUGGAGCGCCGCUGACGCGCAACCAUCACCGAAACCCGAGAGGCGGAGCGCCGCUGACGCGCAACCAUCACCGAAACCCGAGAGGUGGAGCGCCGCUGACGCGCAACCAUCACCGAAACCCGAGAGGCGGAGCGCCGCUGACGCGCAACCAUCACCGAAACCCGAGAGGCGGAGCGCCGCUGACCUGGAAUCACCACCAAAACCCGAGAGGCGGAGCACCGCUGACCUGGAAUCACCACCGAAACCCGAGAGGUGGAGCUCCGCUGACGUGCAACCAUCACCGAAACCUGACAGGCGGAGGGCCGCUGACCUGGAAUCACCACCGAAACCCGAGAGGCGGAGCGCCGCUGACGUGCAACCAUCACCGAAACCCGAGAGGCGGAGCGCCGCUGACGCGCAGCCAUCACCGAAACCCGAGAGGCGGAGCGCCGCUGAGGCGCAGCCAUCACCGAAACCUGAGAGGCGGAGCGCCGCUGACGCGCAGCCAUCACCGAAACCCGAGAGGUGGAGGGCCGCUGACCUGGAAUCACCACCGAAACCCGAGAGGCGGAGCGCCACUGACGCGCAGCCGUCGCCGAAACCCGAGAGGCGGAGCGCCGCUGAGGCGCAGCCGUCGCCGAAACCCGAGAGGCGGAGCGCCGCUGAGGCGCAGCCGUCGCCGAAACCCGAGAGGCGGAGCGCCGCUGAGGCGCAGCCGUCGCCGAAACCCGAGAGGCGGAGCGCCGCUGAGGCGCAGCCGUCGCCGAAACCCGAGAGGCGGAGCGCCGCUGAGGCGCAGCCGUCGCCGAAACCCGAGAGGCCGAGCGCCACAGACGCGCAGCCGUCGCCGAAACCCGAGAGGCGGAGCGCCGCAGACGCGCAGCCGUCGCCGAAACCCGAGAGGCGGAGCGCCGCUGAGGCGCAGCCAUCGCCGAAACCCGAGAGGCGGAGCGCCGCAGACGCGCAGCCGUCGCCGAAACCCGAGAGGCGGAGCGCUGCAGACGCACAGCCGUCGCCGAAACCCGAGAGGCGGAGCGCCGCUGAGGCGCAGCCGUCGCCGAAACCCGAGAGGCGGAGCGCCGCUGAGGCGCAGCCGUCGCCGAAACCCGAGAGGCGGAGCGCCGCUGAGGCGCAGCCGUCGCCGAAACCCGAGAGGCGGAGCGCCGCUGAGGCGCAGCCGUCGCCGAAACCCGAGAGGCGGAGCGCCGCUGAGGCGCAGCCGUCGCCGAAACCCGAGAGGCGGAGCGCCGCAGACGCGCAGCCGUCGCCGAAACCCGAGAGGCGGAGCGCCGCUGACGCAGAACCACCCCGCAAACCCAAGAAGCGGAGGGCCGCUGACGCGGAACCAGCAUCACCUGAACCCAAGAGGCGGAGGGUCGCUCACGCGGAACCGCCAUGGAAACCCAAGCGGCGGAGGGCCGCUGACGCGCAGCCGUCGCUGAAAUCCCAGAGGCGGAGCGCCGCUGACGCGCAGCCAUCACCGAAACCCGAGAGGCGGAGCGCCGCUGACGUGCAGCCAUCACCGAAACCCGAGAGGCGGAGCGCCGCUGACGCGCAGCCCUCACCGAAACCCGAGAGGCGGAGCGCCGCUGACGCGCAGCCAUCACCGCAACCCGAGAGGCGGAGCGCCGCUGACGCGCAGCCAUCACCGAAACCCGAGAGGCGGAGCGCCGCUGACCUGGAAUCACCACUGAAACCCGAGAGGUGGAGCGCCGCUGACGCGCAACCAUCACCGAAACCCGAGAGGCGGAGCACCGCUGACGCGCAGCCAUCACUGAAACCCGAGAGGCGGAGUGCCGCUGACGCGCAACCAUCACCGAAACCCGAGAGGCGGAGCACCGCUGAUGCGCAGCCAUCACCGAAACCCGAGAGGCGGAGCGCCGCUGAUGCGCAGCCAUCACUGAAACCCGAGAGGCGGAGCGCCGCUGACGCGCAGCCGUCACCGAAACCCGAGAGGCGGAGCACCGCUGAUGCGCAACCAUCACCGAAACCCGAGAGGCGGAGGGCCGCUGACCUGGAAUCACCACCGAAACCCGAGAGACGGAGUGCCGCUGACGCGCAACCAUCACCGAAACCCGAGAGGCGGAGCACCGCUGAUGCGCAGCCGUCACCGAAACCCGAGAGGCGGAGCACCGCUGAUGCGCAGCCGUCACCGAAACCCGAGAGGCGGAGCGCCGCUGACGCGCAACCAUCACCGAAACCCGAGAGGCGGAGCACCGCUGAUGCGCAACCAUCACCGAAACCCGAGAGGCGGAGGGCCGCUGACCUGGAAUCACCACCGAAACCCGAGAGACGGAGUGCCGCUGACGCGCAACCAUCACCGAAACCCGAGAGGCGGAGCACCGCUGAUGCGCAGCCAUCACUGAAACCCGAGAGGCGGAGCGCCGCUGACGCGCAGCCGUCACCGAAACCCGAGAGGCGGAGCGCCGCUGACGCGCAACCAUUGCCGAAACCCGAGAGGCGGAGCGCCGCUGACGCUCAACCAUCACCGAAACCCGAGAGGCGGAGCGCCGCUGACGUGCAGCCAUCACCGAAACCUGAGAGGCGGAGCGCUGCUGACGUGCAGCCAUCACCGAAACCCGAGAGGCGGAGCGCCACUGACGUGCAGCCAUCACCGAAACCCGAGAGGCGGAGCGCCGCUGACCUGGAAUCACCACUGAAACCCGAGAGGCGGAGGGCCGCUGACCUGGAAUCACCACCGAAACCCGAGAGGCGGAGCGCCGCUGACGCGCAGCCAUCACCGAAACCCGAGAGGCGGAGCGCCGCUGACCUGGAAUCACCACCGAAACCCGAGAGGCGGAGCGCCGCUGACGCACAACCAUCACCGAAACCCGAGAGGCGGAGCGCCGCUGACGCGCAACCAUCACCGAAACCCGAGAGGCGGAGCGCCGCUGACGUGCAACCAUCACCGAAACCCGAGAGGCGGAGCGCCGCUGACGCGCAGCCAUCACCGAAACCCGAGAGGCGGAGCGCCGCUGACCUGGAAUCACCACCGAAACCCGAGAGGCGGAGCGCCGCUGACGCACAACCAUCACCGAAACCCGAGAGGCAGAGCGCCACUGACGCGCAACCAUCACCAAAACCCGAGAGGCGGAGCGCCGCUGACGCGCAGCCGUCGCCGAAACCCGAGAGGCGGAGCGCCGCUGACGCGCAGCCGUCGCCGAAACCCGAGAGGCAGAGCGCCGCUGACGCGCAGCCGUCGCCGAAACCCGAGAGCCGGAGCGCCACUGACGCGGAACCGCCGCGCAAACCCAAGAGGCGGAGGGCAGCUGACGUUGAACCAUCAUCACCCGAACCCAAGAGGCGGAGGGUUGGUGACGUGGAACUGCCACGCAAACCCAAGAGGCCGAGGGCCGCCGACGUGGAACCAUCAUUACCCGAACCCAAGAGGCGGAGGGUUGGUGACGUGGAACCGCCACGCAAACGCAAGAGGCCGUGGGCCGCCGACGUGGAACCAUCAUUACCCGAACCCAAGAGGCGGAGGGUCGGUGACGUGCAACCAUCAUCACCCGGACGCAAGAGGCGGAGGUUGAAUUAGCUGAGAACAGGCCAUUGCACUCAAGCCUGAGCAAUAAGAAUAAAACUGAGUAGAACAAAAUAAAAAAAUCAAAAAACAAAACAAAACCCACACUCCAAAAACAAAGAAUAAAUAAAUAAUAUAAAAAUAAAAUAAA